AACAGAACAGAAGAGGAAAGUGAUCAAACUGGAUGUUACAAAAGAACAUCUGACAGCUACUGUAUGUUAUCAAAAUAUCGUUAACCUCUCAAACCAGUUAAUAUAGGUAGGCUUGGCGACAAGCUGCUUUCUCAUCCAAGUGCAUCGAUCGUUUUGGUUUUGUCGUUGGAAAAGUUGUUUUAACUAGAAAUUGGACCAGUCUAGUUUCCACUUUCCGUGUGCCCGCAGCAAUGGAAGCAGCUAAACCACCUACCACCUAGCCCCCUCCCCCCACAUCAACAUCCCAGACACGCCCCUCUCCAGUUGCCACAGAGACAACCGAAUCAUGGUGGACGUGACAAAAUGGCCGAUGUUCAGCCUGAUGGCGUCUGAGGAGCUGUCGACCAUACGGAGGGUCUGUGUGUUCGGAACCUCCGCCAACGAAGUCAUCUACAUCACCCACGACAACGAGGUGUAUGUGUUUGGUCUGAACUGCAGUAACUGCCUGGGAACAGGAGACAGCCUUAGCAGCAUCACACCCAAGAAGCUGGACUUCCUGAGCGGCAGGAAGGUGUUGUGUCUGGCCUAUGGCAGCGGGCCUCACAUCCUGCUUGCCACAGAAGAGGGAGAGCUGUUUGCCUGGGGCCACAACGGCUACAGCCAGCUGGGGAACGGCACCACCAACCAGGGUGUCACCCCGGUCCUGGUCUCCGCCAACCUGCUCAACAAGAAGGUCACAGAGGUCGCCUGUGGCUCCCACCACUCCAUGGCCCUCACGGAUGCAGGGGAGGUGUAUGCCUGGGGCUACAACAACUGUGGCCAGGUGGGUUCUGGAUCCACGGCCAACCAGCCUACCCCCAGGAGAGUGUCCAACUGCCUGCAGAACAAGGUGGUGGUCGGCAUCACCUGUGGCCAGACCUCCUCGCUGGCGCUGGUGGACAAUGGAGAGGUGUACGGGUGGGGCUAUAACGGGAACGGCCAGCUGGGAUUGGGCAAUAACGGAAACCAGCUGACUCCCUGUCGCCUCUCGUCACUUCAGGGUUCAUGUGUGCAACAGAUAGCCUCUGGCUAUUCCCACUCGUUGGCCCUCACAGACGAGGGUCUGCUGUACACCUGGGGGGCCAACACGUACGGCCAGCUGGGCACAGGCAACAAGAGCAACCAGCUGAGCCCUGUACAGAUCAUGACUGAGAAGGGGAGCAGGAUCAUAGAGAUCGCGGCGUGCCACUCCACACACACGUCGGCGGCUAAGACCCAGAGCGGCCAGGUGUUCAUGUGGGGUCAGUGCCGGGGCCAGUCCGUCGUCCUGCCCCACCUCACACACUUCAGCUGCACGGACGACGUGUUCGCCUGCUUCUCCACCCCCUCCGUCAUGUGGCGGCUGCUCUCCAUGGAGCAAGACGACUUCCUGACUGUGGCAGAAUCUCUGAAGAAGGAGUUUGACAGCCCGGAGACCGCUGACCUGAAGUUCAGUGUGGAAGGCAAAUACAUCCACGUCCACAAGGCUGUGCUCAAGAUCAGAUGUGAACAUUUCCGCUCCAUGUUCCAGUCCCACUGGAACGAGGACAUGAAGGAGGUGAUAGAGAUCGACCAGUUCUCCUACCCUGUGUACCGCGCCUUCCUGGAGUUCCUCUACACCGACACCGUGGACCUGCCCCCGGAGGACGCCAUUGGUCUGCUGGACCUGGCCACGUCCUACUGUGAGAACCGUCUAAAGCGCCUGUGUCAGAACCUCAUCAAGCGAGGCAUCACCGUGGACAACGCCUUCUCCCUGCUCGCCGCUGCCGUCCGCUACGACGCAGAGGACCUGGAGGAGUUCUGCUUCAAGUUCUGUGUGAACCACCUGACGAAGGUGACCCAGACCACCGCUUUCUGGCAGCUGGACGGCAACAUGCUGAAGGAGUUCAUCUGUCGAGCCAGCCGCCACGGAGCCUUCAAGAACUGACCUGCCUGAGGUCGGCCCGAGACUGGGGGG